UCAUUAAACGAAAUGGAUUGAAAGUAGCAGUAUAUAAUUGUAACUGGUCGAUGUUUCAAUUAACUGUUGAUCUUUUAAUCGGUGUGAUUUCAUCCUUAUUUACCCAGUAAUUAGAUUUGAAGUUCCCAAUGUUCAUGGUCUAGUUUUUUCAGCUUUGAUCCUUAAGAGCCAAAAAAAAUAUUAAUUGGCAGCAUUGUCGUUCUCGACAUUAUCAUCACCCAUUUCAUGUAGGAGUGAGCUCAUCAGUUAUUCAACAAAUGUUAUGUCAGUGCAUUCUGAUGGCCUUGUUCAUAAUUGUUUGUCUUUAUUUGUUCUUAGAUUCAUGUUGACUACAAAUCACAAACAAGGCCAAUCAGGACGAAUUAAUAUAAUACUUGUGGAAUUACUGAAAAACUCACUUUUACAUGAAGUAGGUGGUGAUGAAAUUGUCUGCAAUAACAAUGAGACCUCUGUAAUUAAACUAUACAGCUCAGUAAACACAGUACUACGGAAAGCAUCCACCUAAACACUUGUUAUUCUUAUUCACCUAUUUUAUACUACUAAUAAUUACGAUGUAUGGUCGAAUAAACAAAACUUAUUCACAUUGGCAUAGAUAUAUCUACUUGGUACCUUCCUGUAAAUGUUAUUCUCAGUAUGAGAUUCCAUACUUUUAUCGCCUGAUUCCUGAUUUGUUGUGCCAGAUUAUGCAUUGUGUGUGUUUAUUUGUCCCCCCCUCUCAAUCUUCCCCGUCUUACAAUUUGUCGCCUAAUUGUUUGUGGUGUUAUAGUAUAUUUUCUUUUAGUGCUCUUCAAAACAAGAUGAUAGCUUUCGCUAAAUUUAUCUUUACUGUGUUUAUUGUAAUUUUAUGCUUCUAAAUUUUCAUUAUUGUUUUCCAAGGCUAAACAACCAUAUAUUGAAGCAAGUGAAUUAAAUGCCAAUGAUGUACAAGUUACUUUGAUUAUGCAAGGUUUACAGGCGCCUAGUCGAGGAUUUUGUGGACUUAUUAAACCUGGUUGUUCAGGGAAUUUUCAUAAUGAUUCUUUUAAUACAACAUCUGCAAGUAUUCGUCAACAAUUAGGCAAUGGAUUAUUAAAAGUAGAGCUUGGUGAAUAUUCAUUAAAUGUUCUAUGUGAAUUAACUAAUCCUAAUUCUACUUAUGAAUAUUCUGUACGUCAAUUUCCAUCGAAAAUUAUACCAACAUUUUGUACGUUUAAAAUACAACAUAAUAAAGUGAAAUUACGUCUGAGAAAAGCUUGUGGUUCUGAACAAUGGGCUGGUGCAUUAGCUGUUAAAGGUUUAGAUCAAAGUUGACAACUGUACAGUAAAAUAUAUCAUUAUGAUUAAAAUAUACAACAAACAUUUUGUACAUGAUACUAUAUGAGAUCUAUUAAUUAAACUGUAAUAUACGUAUAUAUAUACAUACAUUUGUUAUUGAAUGUAAUGCUAAUGUACUGGAUCAGGAAUGUCAAUGACUACGAUUGGAGCAUCGUACUUCAGUACAACGAUUAUAUUUCAAUGGAUGACAAUCCAAUCAUUCUUAUAAUUUCCUUCUUUUGUUUAAAUGAACAUGCUCUCCUUUUUUUAAAAUGAUUUUUUAGUGUAUUAUCAAACGUUUGACUUUUUUUAUUCGACAUAAAUUACUAAUAUCGCUUUCCUAGUUAUAUUUGCCUUUUUAAAAAAAAGUGAUUAUAAAAAUAUAGGUAAAUAUAUAAUGCUUGUUUAUUUCAA